GUAUGGAUGAUGCCGUCCAGUGAAAGUAUAUAAACCCAACGCGAUCACCAUGAAUUCGGAUUUUCAAAUUCUUACGCCUUUCUUCAUUCACUCUGUGCGAAACAUUGGUCUAUUUGGAGUUCCGAAUCAAUUGUCCAAUCUUGAACGUAAUCAAGGUUACAAGGUACCAUUUACGAGAGAAAACCCUGACUUCUCUCAGUUUUUCGUCAUUUCUUUAACUUGUAAUCACACGUGGGUGUGUAUCUCUAGUUGCAUGUAUGGGAUGUUUAGGGUUUAUAUAAAAUUUGAUGGAUAACUAAGCGGACUCUGAGUCUUUCAUUCGUUUUUAGAUUAUAACGAGAGAAAAAAGUUCAAGGGUUUUGCUCUGGUAUAGAAAUGUGAUUUGUGGAAAAGUUGGACCAACUCAAAUAGGAUUCUGAAAAUUUUCAUUGUGCUUUAAUUUCAAACCGAUUAACUGAGCCAUGUUCCUUUGUCUCAAAUAAUCGAGUGAAUUGAUAGGGUGCUAAUCAAGGUUUUGACUAGGAGGUUGUACAAUGGAGAGAGGGACGGAAAGGCCAAGCCAGGAAGUGAUUGGAAACGAGGAAAUUAAGGAAGUUGAUGUGCUUUCUGGGGCUCCAAAAGAAGGCAUUACUUCAGAAGAAUUGGAAUCGGAUUUGGGGGGUUCUGGAAGUUUAUGUGCCAAUAACCCUGUUACAGGGUUUGAAGAAACUGACCCUGCUAAGAAUGGUGCAGUUAAUCUGGAUUGUGAAAAUUAUACUAGGAAGAGAGGGUGGAGAAUGCGAGUAUCAUCAGAUGAAGAUGAUGAAGAUGACGUAAUAGUCGUGGCUGAAGUUAAAGGGAAGGGAAAACAAGUUGAACAAAUGAAUACUGUACAUGAAAUAUCCAGUGAUGAUGGAAUGGAGAUGGAAUGGGAGCAAGAAGUUAAGAACACACAUACAUAUAGAAAUUUUGCUCCUGGAUUUGGAGAAAUGGAGAUGAACAGUAGGCUUGGAGGUGGCAAUACAUGGGGUGGUGCACGAAGAUACACUGUAGAAGAAAAAGGGAAAGCUAAAGUUGACGAUUCUUCGCAAUCACUAGCUGCCAGUAAGCAGACUCAACUGGAUGCCAUACCUGAUGGACCCAGGAUUGGAAGACCAAGAAGAACUUUAUGGUACAGACAAUUCUAUAAUCCAGAACCGGAGGAAAGCUCUGGAUCUGAUUUGGAAUCGGACGAAGACACCAAUUUAGCAGUUUUAGCCUUAGAAGGGAUGAAAACGGAACAUGAGGAAGCUAACAAAGCUGCAAGGACAGUAGGUGUGGUAAGGCAAUAUGCAUAUAAAGCUAGAGCUCAUACAGUUACACGUCGCAUGGCACGCGAAAUUGCGCGGUCCAAUCAUCAGGAAGUGGAUAACGAUCUAUCCUCUUCUGGGUUGAAACAAAAGUCACCACCCAUAGAAAUGUCUGAAGAGUUAGGAAGCUCUCUUGAUCCCUUUUCUACAGCACUGAAGAUGGUCAAGGAGCGAGACCUAAAGAAGAAAGCGAAUUUAUCUCAUAAUCCUGUCCUUAACCUUAAUCAUUCUACCCCUCGUGUUCCUACACUACUAAGUCUUUCUUUGAAAACUCUUGCACAAAAUGCGGGAGCUUUGGUUUCGCUUGAGGGAAUCCCUUGUAAUCUGAGGAAAAGACUCACUGACUUGUUAUGUGAUUCGAGGAGAAUGAAUAAGCAUAUGCUGAACCUUCUUUUAAAGGGAUCCCCGACUGAGAUCAGGAUAAAAGACUGUUCAUGGUUGACAGAGAUUGAACUUUCUAAAUCAUUCCUCGACUUUGAUGGGAAAAUGUUGAUGGUUCUUCAGCUUGACCUUUGUGGGCAGGGCAUGACUGAUCACGUGUUGGCUAGAACCUUUGCUAGAUCUUCUAUUGGUUUUCCGAAUUUGAGAGUUCUAUCUAUAAAGGGUGCAUGCCGUAUAAUGGAUAGUGCAUUAACAUCAAUUGUAGCUUCAGCGCCAUUUCUGCAGUCAAUUAAUUUGGGACAGUGCUCUCUUCUUACACACAGGUGUAUUGAAAUUAUAUCGAAUUCACUGGGUGGACUUCUUAAGGAGCUUUACAUCAAUGAAUGUCUAAUGAUAAACGUUAUGAGUGCUAUCCCUGCCUUUAAAAAAUUGAAAUGUUUGGAAGUGUUGUCAGUUGCUAGAAUUCAGACCGUAUGCGACAAGUUUGUUUUUGAAAUUAUGGAGGGAUUUGGUCAAAAUCUGAAGGAGCUUGAUCUCUGUGACUGCGACAACUUGACCGACUCUUCUAUGAAGGCCAUAGGAGAUGCAUGUGCAAAUUUGCGCUCAUUAAAUAUUUCAAACCUACAGAUAUUGACAGAUAGAGGAAUACAGUUUCUCACUAAUGGUUGUAGAUCAAUUCAAAGGCUCAAUCUUCAACGCAAUGAUUUUAGCCUUUUCAUUACAUGCUAAGUGAUGAGGCUCUUGCUGCGUACAUUGAAGCUUCUGGACAGUGUCUGAAGGAACUUUCCCUUAAUUAUUGCUCCAAGGUAAACCUCAACACUGCAUUGUCACUUGCCAAAUGUGCAAGAGAGUUGGUAUUUUUGGACUUAUCUUGGUGUCGUAGAAUAAGUGAGGAGGCACUAGGGCUGAUUUUAGACAGCUGCCCCCUGAAGCUGGUCAAACUAUUCGGCUGCACACAGAUCACAGCUUCAUACGUGAACAGUCACCCAAACUCGACGGUGCAGAUUGUUGGGUUGAAAUUAACACCCAUGAUGGACAACAUUGACCAACUUGAACCACAGGAUGUUUUACUGCGCUAUUCACCUCUCAUGACAUUUCCUGGUCAGAGCAUUUGAGGAAGCCUAUUGUCACCUGUUGGAUUGAUUGAAAAGCUAAAGCUAUUUUUCCUUAGGCUUGCUUCUUUUGGUCGUACAUAACAUGCAUAGUUAGUUCUCUAGCUGCGAGCCUGGGAGAAUGUAUAUCCUGCACAGUUUUCAUUUGAGUAGAAAUUAUAGGAUGAAAGUAUUGAUUGAUCAUAUUGUUGAUUGUGUAUGCUAUAGCAUUUGGCACAUAGAUACAGUUCACAGUCCCUUUCCUGCUAAGGCAGGGAAGCAUUGCAUACAGUUAAGAGAACAAUUGGAAGUGGAAAAAGGCUUAGAAUCAAGUAAUACAAUACUCAGACUACAUUGAAUUCACAAA